AUGGGCGAUACUAACUUGUCAUAUCUAAAAGGUGUUCGGACACGAUUUUACAACUUCUUAGAUACAGAGAUUGGAAAUGGGGAGCAGCUAUUGUCUGAAUAUUCAGAUGUAAUGCUCAUAGAUGCUGAGGAGCAAGCAGGGAUAGAAAAUAGGAUAGACGAAUGCAAGAAAAAAGUCAAUAAUUACACGGAAAAACUUACAAUUCAGUCUGAAAAAAUUGCUUUAGCUAUUGGAGACAGUGAUAGUGAAUUCUUACAAGUAGUCAUGGAUAAUGAUUCAGCCUUACAGGACAAAGCAAUGACUAUAGUUUAUAAACUUGAAAAUGUUCAAAAAGAUAUGAAAAGGCUUAAUGUAGAAUACAAACCACUAGAAAGUAAAGGAGCAGAAACUGUAGUACAGCAUAUGUGUGAGCUUCAAUUGAAACUACAACAGGAAUUCUUUGAAAACCAACAAAGAAGAAAUGAGGAGCAAAUGGAAAUACAACAAAGGUUCUUUGAAGAACAACAUGCUUUAAAAGAUAAAAGUACAAAUACAGUGAAAUUACCCAAAUUGGACAUGAUCUCAUUCAGUGGAAAUCGUCUUCAAUGGACGGAAUUCUGGGAUUCUUUUCGCAGUGCGAUACAUGAAAAUGAUAAGCUUUCUCCUAUUGAUAAAUUUAAUUAUUUGAAAGGAAAAUUAGUAGGUGAAGCUAGAAGUGCCAUUGCUGGGCUGACAUUAUCAAAUGAGAAUUAUGAUAUAGCUAUUCAUAUUCUUCGUGAAAGAUUCGGUGACCUCCAGGAUAUAAUUGAUUUACAUUACAAAGGUAUAGUGAAUAUCUUACCACCGAAGAAUACUACAGAAGGAUUAAGAUUCUUUUUCGACAAGAUUGAGCGUCAUUUACGCAGCUUAGAAGUGAUGAAUGAAAAUUUAGACCAACAAGUGUUUGUGUCUAUGAUUAGAAGCAAACUUCCCAGUGAAGUUCUUCUUCAACUUGAAAUACAAAAGGGUGCUGAUACUAAAUGGUGUAUUAAAACGUUACGGGAUUUGCUUCGUAAAUACAUAGUUUCUAGGGAAAAAUCUGACAAACCAAAGUCUCUGAAUGACUCGAGUCAGUAUGUGAAUAAACAAACAAAUCCUCAUAUGAAUAGACAUACGAGCAUGUCAAAUCGUUAUAAGAGCCAACCACAGACAAACUAUUCUGGAGGAGCAUUAGUUGCGAAUGAGAAAAGGAAAGUUUUACUUCCAUCAGCGAAGAUAUGCAGAUACUGUAGCAAAAAUCACUGGAGUGAUGAAUGUAAUAGAUACAAAACUAUUGAAGAAAGAAAGUCAAAGUUAAAAGGAUGCUGCUUUAGAUGUUUAAGAGAAGGGCACACGUCUUCUGACUGUAGAAGUAGUAGAAUAUGUGUAUACUGUGACAAAUCAAAUGUACAUCAUCGAAGUCUUUGCCCGAAAAAGUUUAAAGGAGCUGUAAGGAGAGAAACAGCUAUUGUUUCGAAAGAAACAAUACAAGACAAUAUUGAAACAAACAUACCCAAGCCAGAUUAUAUAACUGAAGAAAAUGCAAUGAUAUCUUCAGGAGAAAUGGUUCUCAUGCAGACAGCUAGGACAGAAAUCUUGAAUUCUCAUAAUAAUAAACGAGCUGAAGUGCGAAUCUUAUUAGACUGUGGAUCACAAAGAACAUAUAUUACGGAAAAACUAGCAGAGAAACUUAAGUUAAAAAAGGAAAAGAUGGAAGAAAUUAAGUUGGUGACCUUUGGUAGCAAAGAUGUAAAGACAGUUCACACACAUUCGACAACAUUACAGCUAAAAUUAAAGAAUGGAGAACAUAUGAGUAUAAGUGCAAACAUUGUUCCUGUCAUAAGUGGAACUAUUCAAAGGAAACAAAUAAACGUUCUAGGAAAAGAUGGCAUCAAGGACAUAAUUCAUAGUGUAGACCUAGCAGACAAUAUUCCAAAGGAAAAUGAAUUUUCAAGUGUUGAGUUAUUAAUAGGAAACGACUUCUAUCUUGAUAUUGUUCUCCCACAAAGAAUAGAAAUUCAAUCUGGAUUAUAUCUACUUGCAUCCAAGUUAGGCUGGCUACUUACAGGAAGAACUGAUGAAAACUCUGACGAAACUGGAAGUGAAACAAAUUUGUUGAUUUUAACAUACGGAGAUUGCCAGACUGCAUCAAAAAUAUUUCAAUCUACUGAUUCUUCGCUUCCUUUGAAACCAGAACUUGUAGAUCUUUGGAAUACAGAAGCCAUAGGUGUAGUUGAAAAAAAAGAGACGUCUGAAGACAAAGAGGUCAUGGAAGGUUUCAAAGAGACUUUGAAAUUUGAAAACGGAAGAUAUUAUGUCACAUGGCCGUGGAAAGAAGAGAGAAAAGAAUUGUUGCCAGUUAAUAAGGAAUUGUCAUUCGGACGGUUAAAAUCAUGUGUCAAAAGGUUAAGAAACAAACCAGAACUGUUGGAGAAAUAUGAUUCCAUUAUUCAGGAACAAUUAAGUAAAGGUAUUAUAGAAGAAGUGAAUGAUACCAAAGGUGAUUUGAUACAUUAUAUACCACAUCAUGCAGUGAUAAAUCCACAAAAAUCAACAAAGGUACGAGUAGUUUAUGAUGCUUCAUCAAAAUGUAAACCAGAAUAUAGCAGUUUAAACGAAUGUUUACAUCGAGGACCGGUGAUGCUUCAUGAUUUAUGUGGACUUUUGAUGAGAUUCCGCCUACACAAAAUAGCUAUUAUAGCAGACAUCGAAAAGGCAUUUUUACAAAUAGGUUUGCAAGAAAGUGAACGUGACGUGACAAGAUUUCUGUGGUUAAAAUCAUGUGAAAAACCAAGUACUGACUUACAAAAUAUUCAAGAAUUUAGGUUUUGUCGAGUUCCGUUCGGCGUGAUCUCGAGCCCAUUUCUACUAGGUGCCACUGUGGAGAGUCAUUUAGAAAGAUAUGAUACAGAAGUAGCUAACAAGAUAAAAAAUGACAUCUAUGUUGACAACGUUGUGACAGGAGUAAAAACAGAAACUGAAGCUAUUGAACUAUAUUUGAAAUCCAAACAAAUAUUCAAGGAUGCCUCCAUGAAUCUUAGAGAAUGGCUUACAAACAGUGAUAAAGUAAAUUCUUUAAUAACAAAAGAAGACGGAACUGAAAUGAAAGAUACUGGUGUCCUUGGUCAUACUUGGAAUCCUAAGAUACAUCUUCAAAUACUAAUAACCCACAGUGAGUCUUUAACUGAGCUGCACUGUCUAUUUCUGACGUAA